UUGAAUUGAAUCAUAUCGUUUGCCAUAAAAGCCUUUGUAAGGAGGGCGUUAAAAUCCAGCGUCAGGCAGUUUGACCACGAAGAAACGAGUGCCAGAUUGCUUGAUCGCAGCAACUUCAAUUAUCUUUAUUUUGACGUAGUGUGCCGCCAGUCUUGUUUCGCGUUUACUUCGAAGGAUUGACCCGGAAGUGUAACUUUUGUCUACAAAGCUAAAGCUACUGUUACUCAGUCAGUGAAGUCAUAAUAAUAAUAAGGGAGAAAAGUACUGGGUCUGUCUAACCUCCAUAAUGGGACAACCACUGAAAGACAAAGACGCAUAUCAAAGAUUAAACUUUCUGUACCAGGCUGCUCACUGUGUUGUAUCUCAAAAUCCAGAAAAUGUAGAGCUGGCUCGUUUCUACACCUUCACACAGAGAACCAUAGCCCGACGUUUAGUUCUCAGACAAGAUCCAUCAGUGAAGAGAACCUUAUGCAAGAAGUGCUAUUCUUUGCUUAUACCUGGUGUGACUGCUACAGCAAGACAAAAAAAAAAAAAGAGAAAGACUUGCUUCACCAUGGUGAAGUGUCUCAGCUGUGGACAGAGCAAGACGCUGCUGAAUAAUCCAGAUUAUUCUUUGUGGAGUGAUCGCCCGGAAGCUCAGAUGGAGCAGCAACAGGAACCAGGUGACACACCUUGUGUUGUAUUACACAGCUGCUUCUUAGAAGAUGGUCCAGAUGAUUCUGCUAAAACUAAGACAAAAGGCACAAAACCAGAUGGGUCUCAGUCUUCCAAAUCCAUUCCUGAUCAGAGCACCACUAGCACAUAACAGCAGGCCUCUUUUUAACUUUUUUGAUAUUGAUUUUUUGUUGUUGUUUUUGCAUAAAAUAUGUGCCGCUGAGUUGUGACCAGCAGAAUUGUGGGAGGCAGUUCAAUCUAAAUGCCAACUCUUCUGUAUUUAAUUUGGAUCGUAAAUUUGUGGCCUCUGUGAGAUCAUUUUUAAUAAUUGUCUGUAGCAUGUGGGGUUAGGUUAAUCUUGAUUUAAUUAAAAACAGCAGACAGGAAUGGAAGUAAUAAAUACAUGUUGGUAUUAUUAUUUCUUCCAAUUGUUCCAUAUUUGACAUUGUAAGCACAUGCUUGUGGAGUUGAGUAAACAUCUCUUGAUCAUUUGUUAUCUGGCAAAUCAUAGUUUCUUUCACAUUUUCUUCUUUUCUCCUUUGUCUCCUCUGGGCCCUUUGAAGCGUGUCUUCUGGAAAUAGAAGAGGUUCUUGGCAAAAAGUCUUGGAAUGUGACCCAUGAACAAGAGCAGAGCCAGGGUCAUUCCUAGAAAACAGAUAUUUUCAUUGUGAGAAGCAUGGUUACUGGAAGAAGUGACAGUGACAUGCAGGAUUUAUGAUUAUUUACCUGUGAGGGAGCCCAGCCAGUAGACCAAUGCAUACUCUGCAAAGGUAAAUCCAGGACAGUAGAAGGUGAGGCCAUAAGCCAAAGAUGGAUUUAUGUAAGCUGAAGUGAAGCCUCUGGCUAGAAAAUGGAAAAUAAAAGUUAAAUCAACUGUUCUCGAUUCAAUUGGUCACACCAACUUCUUUUUUUUUUCUUACAAUACAAACUAUUAAAGCUGUGAGGGAAAUAUGCAGUUGUAACAUAAUGAAGUAUAAAUACUUACUUUACUGCACAAAAUUCACAUAUCUGUACUUUAUAUUUCUAGCAACUUGUACUCCACUAUAUUUCUGAAAUAAAUUGUGUACUUUAAAUCCA